CCUGCCUUUGGUGUGUCUGGGCCAUUACUAAUAGAGCCUUGUAAACAAUCGUUAAUCAUGUAAGUGCUGCCAGCCAUUGGAUUCGGAUCGGGAGUCGGGAGCGCGGAGCGCAGCGCGGGGCCGCGGCCCCUCCGCCUGCCCCCUCCCCGCCCCGGGCAGCCCGUCCCCAGGCAGCAGGAGCGCCGCUGCGAGAGCCCGGGGCAGCAUGCGGAGAGACGCCGCCGGGGCCCCACCAGCAUGUACGUGAGCUAUCUCCUGGAGAAGGACGGGCCCAUGUACCCCGGCCCGGUGCGACACUCGGGGGGACUCAACCUGGCGGCGCAGAACUUCGUGGGCGCCCCGCAGUACGCGGACUACGGCGGCUACCAUGUGAACCUCGACAGCACCCAGUCCCCCGGCCCGGCCUGGCCCGCGCCUUACGCCGCCCCGCUCCGCGAUGACUGGGGCGCCUAUGGCCAAGGUGCGCCGCCGGCCGCCAGCGCCGUCCACGGCCUCAACGGCGGCUCCCCCGCCGCCGCCAUGGCCUACAGCCCCGCCGACUACCACCACCACCACCACCAUCCGCACGCCCACCACCACGCCGGCCCUGCGCCCCACUGCUCCGCUGGGGUCAUGCAGCCCCUCAACGCCGCCAGCGCCGCUGCCGCCGCGCCCGAGCCGCUCUCCCCCGGCGGGCAGCGCCGCGGCCUCUGCGAGUGGGUGAGGAAGCCGGCGCAGCCCCCGCUCAGCAGCCAGGUUAAAACCAGGACGAAAGACAAGUACCGCGUCGUGUACACCGACCACCAGCGGCUGGAGCUGGAGAAGGAGUUUCACUACAGCCGCUACAUCACCAUCAGGAGGAAAGCGGAGCUGGCCUCCAGCCUGGGGCUGUCGGAGAGGCAGGUGAAAAUCUGGUUCCAGAACAGGAGGGCGAAGGAGAGGAAGAUCAAUAAGAAGAAGCUGCAGCAGGCGCAGCCUGGUGGCGCGGAGCCACUCAGCCCCGGCGUCCCGCUGCAGGGUCCUGCGGCGGGGGCGGCAGCCGCUGGGCUGGGCCCCGCCGCCCCACAGUGACAGCGGCUGGGGGACGGCGGCGCAGGGACUGCUGGAGGGGGCGGCCGCGGCGGGGCCUGGCCGGGCCAGGCCGGGGCCGGGGGGGGCACGGCGGGAAAGGCCCCCCCAUAUGCACUACACCGCCCCGCGGGGCCGGCCGUGUGUACAGAUGUACAGUGUAUGUGUCUCGUCGUCCAGGGGAAGCGUGGCCAUCUCUUUAUUAUUAUUAAUAAUAUUAUUAUGAUUAGGUGUUUUCUUUUUUCACCCUGGAGUUUGUUAGAUAAAAGGGGGAACUGCCUGCCAGUCUGCCCCCAGUGAAUCUCAGGGAUCGGUCCAAAAGACCUUGAAAAUGUUGUUGGGCUUUGUUCGGCUUUUAAAAGAUAACUUUUAACAGGAAAAAAAAAAUUAAAGUACAUUUUUUUAUUUUAUAUGUUAUUUUAUUUUAUUUUCUUCUUCUAACCAUAAAUCUGCAAAAUGUUCAUCCUGCCCUAAGGGCCAGAGCAGACAAGAUAAGGCACUGUUUAAACGCUCAGAAAUGAGUUGCUUAAUGUUAGACACUUGUAAAAGAGCCCAUAAAUCCGGUGCUGAUAGUCAUCCAGCUGGAUUUAUUAGCUGCAGUGCACAGAAACUGGAAGAAUGAAGUCUUCUCUGAAAAAGGUGUCCAGUCAUGCUAGAGUGAGGAGCCUUACUUGUGUGUGCAAUGUCCUGUCAGUUAAAUUACGUGCUGUUUCUCACCUCCUUCCAAUUUUUGUCUUGUUUGGAUUUUUUUUUUUUUUUCUUCCAUUUAGUUUUCAAAAGUCUCCUUGGUUUUACUAACUUUACAUAGGCUUCAUCACAGCCCUGCCAGGAGCAGAAAUACUCAAAGGAGCCCUGUACUGUACCAGAACCCACCUUGUACAGGCUGUGGCCCAUUUCCACAUGCUGGUUAGGUGGUGGGGACCAGGACAGAGAUGCCAAACAGCUUAUGUAACCGGAUAUGAAAACAAGAAAAGUCCAGCUGAUUUGGCCAAAUCAGCCUGGCUGUUUUCCGCGUGUUCUUCUUACUUAUGUCUGGGAGAAACCCCACUGAGAAGUGAGGCCGUGCAGCUGGGCUGGAUUGGUUGUACUGCAGCCCAUGCCCAGAGCUGGGUGUGGGACUAUUUUGUGUGGUCCUCUGUCUGGUCAGGGAUGGAAGCACUGUACAGGCUCAAACAUGCCAUACAGGCUUCUGACUUUUCCAAGUUUUGGCCCUGUGUUUGUCCCCUUUUCUCAUUGCUUGAUUUGUCUUCCUUGGGGCACU